GCAGAGAGAAGGGGAAAGGGAGGUGGGGGAAGAAGAGAAGUCACGUUGGUUCGGCAGCGUGUAUUAUAAAACCCUCCUCCCCUGGGUGACGAUUGGCUCGCGGACGUCGUCCUGUCCCCUUUUGGUUAGUGGAGUCUUGCCGUCGCUCAGAGAACUUUCCGGGGACGUGAGGAGAAAAGGGCGGAGGGAGAGGUUUGACGGGCCGCGAGAGUUCCGCGCGGAGGCCGGAAGUAGUAGCUGCCUCCGCCUCGGGAUCCGUUGAACGGCUGAUUCUGCCUCGAGUGCUGCCUUGCCUCGGCCGCCCGCGCCCGUUGCUUCGGUUGGCUCCGCCCCCUUUCCUUUCCGCCCAUGGCCGAGUUCGAUGUGUUCGGUGCGCCCCAGCCGGCGGGCAAUGGGACGCUGGGCUGCGGCGAGGAGGACCCGGCCGCCGCCUUCCUGGCCCAGCAGGAGAACGAGAUCGCGGGCAUCGAGAACGACGAAGGCUACAACAUCCUGGAGAAUGGCGAGGUGCCGGCGGGGAUGCAGGGCCCCGAGGGGCUGUCCGCGGAUGCAGUUGAUGGAGUGACAAAUGGUGACUUCUACCAGGAGAGCAAUGGUCCAACAGACUGCUAUGCUGCCAUUUCACAAGCCGAUCGUCUGCAGACAGAACCAGAGAGCAUCCGCAAAUGGAGAGAAGAACAACUGGAACGCCUAGAAGUUCUCGAUGCGAACUCUCGAAAGCAAGAAGCGGAAUGGAAAGAGAAGGCAAUAAAAGAGUUGGAAGAAUGGUAUGCGAGACAGGAUGAACAGCUACAGAAAACAAAAGCUAACAAUAGGGUGGCAGAUGAAGCUUUCUACAAACAACCCUCCGCUGACGUGAUUGGUUAUGUCACAAACAUAAACCAUCCUUGCUACAGCCUAGAACAGGCAGCUGAAGAAGCCUUUGUGAAUGAUGUUGAUGAAUCCUCUCCAGGCACCGAGUGGGAACGUGUGGCUCGGCUCUGUGACUUUAACCCCAAGUCGAGCAAGCAGGCGAAGGACGUAUCCCGCAUGCGCUCCGUGCUGAUUUCGCUCAAGCAGGCUCCGUUGGUUCGCUGAAGGAGAGGAAAGCACACGCGACACUACAAAUGCAAUACCUUUACCUUUACUCAGAGAAGCUGUGUUUGCAGUAAUUGGAUUAAUUAUGUUUCAAUGUUCUUUUGGACCAAACCUCAUGAUGUAUUUAGAGUUUGAUCAUUGUUUGUGAUUGCAUGUUCUUCUCUCCGUAUGUGCCCUUCCAGUGUUCCAACUGGGAGGAAACUUCCAGGAUUGUAAUCUCAAUGCACUCAUGCGCUGAGAUUUCAUUUUCAGCUGUAAUGAUAUUAAAAGCCUGUUUAAACAGCU